CGAUGCCUGCCUUUCCAUGGACAAAGUCGAACAAGUCGCACCAGUCUGUCGAGAACUCGUCGCCGGGCCAAUCGUCGCCUGUGCCAUCAGCAAAGGACCUCCUCAAUGACCCCGUCGCCGCCCCGCGAUACCAGCCUUCAGACGGCCACCAAGCAGCGCUCCACAUCCAGCAGCAGUCCGCUGUGCAGCAACAACAGCAACAGCAACAGCAACAGCAACAGCAGCAGCAACAGCAACAACAACAACAGCAGCAGCAGCAGCAGCAACAGAGCCCGCCCAGCUCGGCGCGCAAUCGAUACAGCGAACCCUCGCCCCAGCGAAGUGCAAGCCACAGGCUGAGCGCACACUUCUCCCUGGGCCAGGCGCCCCAAAACUACCAGCAGCAACCGGGCCCUCCGCCGCCCUCGCAAGCAAGCCUCGAGCCGCCAAACCACGUCUCGUACCCGCCCUCAUCGCCCCCGCCCGCCUACGCCCCAGAGCCCAAGAAACAGUCGCUGCGCAGUCGCAUUGCAGCCGGCGUCCGCGGCCACAAGGACGAGGAGGCCAAGGCACAGAAGAACAACGGCCUGAGCAGGCGCCAGUCAGUCCGCAAAAGCGAGCCUCGCACCCACGACUACCAAGCACAGGCCGACGGCCGCUUGUCGCCCUGGCACCAACAUCACGGAUCGUCGUCCCACUUGCCCGCCUCGAGAGAGCAGGACGAAGACGACCUGGAUCCAUACCUGCAGCAGGAAGAAAAUCCCCAGGUGCCGCCCAAAGAUAUCCAGUACCAGCAAAACUUGCAACGGCCCAAACAAUUUGCUUCUCAGCCGCAUCAGGAACCCUACGUUCGGCCCCCACUUGGCAGCGUGAGCACGGAGGGCAGCUAUUCGACCCAGGGCGGGGUAGAGCACUACAGCCCAGAGCAACACCAAGGGCAGGGUCAACAGCAAUCACCACAACACCAAGGGAACCACCACCAUCAACAGCCAUUUCAAAGCUACCAGCCUGCUCCUCCGCACUCACAGGCUCCUGGCUCCUUUGCCGUCUUCAAUACUCAAAACUCGUCGAGCUCGUUGCUGCAGAGCACUCAGCUGCAUGGGCACAGCGCGCCAGCACAAGAUAAUCAACAAAAUUAUUAUCAAUAUCAGCAGCAGCAGCAGUCGCAACAGCAAUCGCCCCCAUCGACCCAGACUCAGUCGUCGAUAGACAACUCGCAGGGUUUGCAUUCCCAACAUCAGCCGCACUUUGCACCUCAGCUCCAACCACAAUCCGAUCAACAGCAGCAGCAGCAACAGCCGUCGCCGUCUCAGGUUCCACGGCCGAUUUCGCAGCAGCAGUCCGAACUGCACGACCCACAAACGCCUCGACAGCAUCUCCCUGCUGUUCCACAGAUCAGGCAGGUCGAGCCACCGCCAUCGCAACAACGCAGACCACUCUCGUCCCACCAGCUUGCCCCACCGUCGCCGCUGCAGCCUACGCCGUAUCAACAUUACGAAGCGCAGCCAGCCAAGCACCAGCAGUCAUCCGAUCUGCACCCACCGAGCAACACACCGCAAAACAAGGGGUCGGAGGUCAUGACGCCUAGCGCUCCGGGCAGCAGCAGAAAUAUACCGCGGAAACCCAGCGAGGGUGGCCAGCAACCAGGGGUACUCUCGAGAGAGGUUUCUCUACUCACACAACCCCCUGCUUCAGGUCACGGCCAGCCAGCUGUAUCGCCAGGUGUUGCGACGUUCGACGCCAACGUCGUACCUACAGCUUCCCAAGGACAACCAACUCGGGCCGAGAAGCAAGGGCAACAGGGUUCGGAAAUGGGGCGAGGAACACCACCGCCGCGCGCACCUGCUUCGGAGAUGACAGAGGAGGAGAUUGAAAAAAUGAUCAAAGAUCACGACGUUUUGCGCGAGAAGUACCAAAAGGUCAAAAGAUACUUUUUCGAACAACAAAGCCAGGUCCACCAGCUCCAGAACACGCUCGCAAACCAGCGCCUUUCUCUUUCGCGCACAUCGUGGGAUGACAGUGAAUACUCCACUCGCUUUAAUCGCCUCGAUGGGUUGAUCGCACAGCUGUCUUUCUCUAUCCGUAAGGACUGGAAGUCAAUACCGCAAUGGCUACAUCCUGUAGUCAACAAGACAGCUGUCGAGACUGGCAAGCAGGAGAUGACUGCAGUCGGCCGUGCCUUCAUCUCGCAUUGGCUUGUAGAGAACAUAUUCGAUAAAUACUUUCACCCCGACCUGGAGCCGGGUCUUUCGACACAACUGCAGUUGAUUGUAUCAAACAUUCGGAAAUUUUCGCCACCCUGCCAUACUUCAGAAGAAGAAGACGCGCUUGCUGCAAAGAUCAUCAACUGGCGGCUGGCUACGCUAGAAGGUCUUGCGGACAACUUCAGAGAGCCACAGGCAACUAACUAUCGAGAGACGCUUAUUGGAACACUCAACGAGAAGUUGAUUGCCUCUCUUCAAAUGCACCUGAAUGAUCCUGCGCCUCCAGAUCUCAAUGGAGGUGUUCCCAUGAUCAUUGAACUGGCUGUCAGCAUUGCCCAACACUUGCCGCUGGAAAGUCGAGAAGUACACAUUGAGUACUUCACGCCUGGCCACGGCAUUGUGAGCGAUCUGAUGAAGCCAGAAUCCGGCAUCCCUGCCUUGACAGCCCCCAUUCUCGAACUGGAUGAUGCUGAUAGGGCUUCUGUCAGAAGUAUGGCAUCGAAACAUGAUGAUAACAUCUCCAUUGCGGAGCAAGAUCAAGCACAAGCACAAGGGCAACAGCCUCCAAAAGAAGACAAGAAACGCAGCAUGUUUGGAUUUGGUGCUACAAAGAAAACAGCUUCUCCUGCUUCCCUCGGCAAGCGAGAGUCAUCGCUGGGCCAAGGAGGCAGCCAGCAGAGUCUGACACAGAAUCCUCAGAGCAACGCCAAUGGCGCAAAGGACGAGUCUGUGCCACCUCGUGUUCGUAUGGCUGUCGGACUCGCAGUCGAGAUUCGCGGCAAGACCGUGUUGAUCAAGGCUCCGGUUUACAGCACAUGAGGCUGCUAGAGGCGAUUAUUAUGAAGACGCAGGAUAAUGUGUCUUUUGGAUUGCGCGAUCUAGCAAGCAAGCGUUUCAGCAUUUUGUUGUCAUCAUCUCACAGGUACAAAUCUUGUAUGCGGUCGGAUUUCGGAUUGGAUAUGCUUUCACUCUCAAUGGCUAUACCCAGGACACUUAACAUCUGUUCAUAAACUUCGC